AUGCCGACCACCAACCUGGGCUGGCCCGAGGACUUCGGCUUCCGGCUCGGCGGCUCUGGCCCCUGCUUCGUCCUGGAGGUGGCCGAGGGCAGCAGCGCGCACGCCGGCGGCCUGCGGCCCGGAGACCAGAUCUUGGAGCUCGAGGGCCUUGCCGUGGGCGGCCUGAGCCGCGAGCGCCUCGUGCGCCUGGCGCGGCGCUGCCCGCGCGUGCCGCCCAGCCUGGGCGUGCUCCCCGGCUCCGACGGCGCUGCCGGCCUGCGGGCCCCACGCCCCGGCCGGGGCCUCGUGCUCGGCCGCGAGCUGCUGCGCCUGCUGGGCCGUAAGCGCCCCGACGCCGUGCACCGAGAGCGCAGGCGCAAGGCCCAGGAGUUCAGCCGCAAGGUGGAUGAGAUCCUGGGGGACCAGCUGACCGCCAAGGAGCAGGUGUUCGCGGCGCUGAAGCAGUUUGCUGCUGAGCAGCGGGUGGACGACCUGGUGUGGGCACUGACCCUGGCACUGCCGCGCGAGGCCCGGGGGCCCCUCCUGGACAACCUCAGAAUCUUCAUCCCCAAGAAGCACCGGGCGCGCUUCGACGAGGUGGUGUCGCAGGGCCUACUGGGCAAGCUGUGCCGCGCGCGCAGGGCGCAGGGCGCGCAGCGGCUUCGCCGGAGCCGCAGCGAAGAGCGGCCCGAGCGCCUCCUGGUGUCCACGCGCGCCAGCGCCGCCCCGCGCCGCCCGGACGAGCCGCCCCCGCGCAAAGCCGCCUCGCUGGUGGGCGGCCGCGCCGGCUCCGGGGGCGCGCGCAGGACAGUCCGCGUCUACAAGGGCAACAAGAGCUUUGGUUUUACGCUGCGCGGCCAUGGGCCUGUCUGGAUCGAGUCUGUCCUGCCUGGCAGCCCGGCUGACAAUGCCGCCCUCAAGUCGGGCGACCGGAUCCUGUUCCUCAACGGACUGGACAUGAGGAACUGCUCACAUGACAAGGUGGUGUCCAUGCUGCAGGGCAGUGGCGCGAUGCCCACGCUGGUGGUGGAGGAGGGGCUCGUCCCGUUCGCCAGCGACUCCGAUUCCCUGGAUUCACCCAACCCGUCGUCAGCGCUCACCUCCCUGCAGUGGGUGGCCGAGAUCCUGCCGUCCAGCAUCCGGGUCCAAGGGAGGACCUUCAGCCAGCAGCUGGAACACCUGCUCACACCGCCCGAGCGCUAUGGCGUCUGCCGGGCCCUCGAGAGCUUCUUCCAGCACAGGAACAUCGACACCCUCAUCGUGGACGUCUACCCCGUGCUAGACACGCCUGCCAAGCAGGUGCUGUGGCAGUUCAUCUACCAGCUACUGACCUACGAGGAGCAGGAACUUUGCCAGGAGAAAAUCGCAUGUUUCCUCGGCUACACGGCCAUGACUGCAGAGUCAGAGCCGGAGCCAGAGCCGGAGCCAGAGCCGGUGCCCGAGCCCCAGCCACGGAGCUCCCUGAGGGCCUCCUCCGUGUGCCGCCGGAGCCUCCGGUCCCAGGGCCUGGAGACCAGCCUCAGCUGCGGUCCCAGUGAGUGCCCUGAGAUGCCACUUCCUCUGAUCCCAGGAGAGCGCCAGGCCGGCGACGGCACGUCCCUCCCCGAGACCCCCAACCCCAAGAUGAUGUCGGCCGUCUACGCGGAGCUCGAGUCGCGGCUGAGCAGCAGCUUCAAGGGGAAGAUGGGGUCGACAUCCCAACCCCUGGGCUCCCCGCCAGGCCCCAGCCCAGCAGACACGGCAGGGCCCAGGACCCUGUCCAGCGUCUCCUGGCCCAGCGAGCGGCUGCUGCCCUCCCCCUGCUACUACCCGCUGUGCUCAGGGGACCCGGGCUCCCCCAGCAGCUCCGAGUCCCACCCCUACGCCAGCCUGGACAGCAGCAGGGCGCCCUCCCCACAGCCCGUCCACCCCGACAGCCCCCCCAGCCCCGACCCUGCCCGCCCGCCCAGCCGCAGGAAGCUCUUCACCUUCUCGCGCCCCGUGCGAAGCCGGGACACUGACCGCUUCCUGGAUGCGCUGAGUGAGCAGCUGGGGCCUCGCGUCACCAUUGUGGAGGAUUUUCUAACGCCCGAGAACGACUACGAGGAGAUGAGCUUCCAUGACGACCAGGGCAGCUUUGCCACCAACGAGCGGAGCAGCGGGAGCGACUGCGUGAGCAGCAGCGAGGAGGGCAGCUCUCUGACAUACUCCUCUAUCUCCGACCACAUACCCCCACCCCCGCUCAGCCCCCCACCCCCGCCACCCCUGCCUUUCCACGACCCCAAGCCUAGCUCCCGCUCCUCUGCCGGCCCCCGGGGUCCCAGCCAGGUGCUGCCCAAGCCCCUAGCCCAGCUCAGCCACCCGGUCCCACCGCCGCCUCCACCACCCCUGCCCCCGCCCGUGCCCUGUGCGCCCCCCAUGCUGUCCCGGGGCCUGGGCCACCGGCGCAGCGAGACCAGCCACAUGAGCGUCAAACGCUUGCGGUGGGAGCAGGUGGAGAACUCGGAAGGCACCAUCUGGGGUCAGCUCGGGGAGGACUCCGACUACGAUAAGCUGAGCGACAUGGUGAAAUACCUCGACCUGGAGCUCCACUUUGGCACCCAGAAGCCUGCCAAGCCUGUGCCGGGGCCCGAGCCCUUCAGGAAGAAGGAGGUGGUAGAGAUCCUGUCCCACAAGAAGGCCUACAACACCUCUAUCCUCCUGGCGCACCUGAAGCUGAGCCCGGCAGAGCUGCGGCAGGUGCUCAUGAGCAUGGAGCCCCGGCGGCUGGAGCCGGCGCACCUGGCGCAGCUGCUGCUCUUCGCGCCGGACGCCGACGAGGAGCAGCGCUACCAGGCCUUCCGCGAGGCGCCCGGCCGCCUCAGCGAGCCCGACCAGUUCGUCCUGCAGAUGCUGUCGGUUCCCGAGUACAGGACCCGCCUGCGCAGCCUCCACUUCCAAGCCACGCUGCAGGAGAAGACCGAGGAGAUCCGAGGCAGCCUGGAGUGCCUGCGCCAGGCCUCCCUGGAGCUCCGGAACAGCCGGAAGCUCGCCAAGAUCCUGGAGUUUGUGCUGGCCAUGGGCAACUAUCUCAACGAUGGCCAGCCCAGGACCAACAAGACCACGGGCUUCAAGAUCAACUUUCUGACCGAGCUGAACUCCACCAAGACCGCGGACGGGAAGUCCACCUUCCUGCACAUCCUUGCCAAAUCGCUGAGCCAGCACUUCCCAGAGCUCCUGGGCUUUGCUCAGGACCUGCCCACUGUGCCCCUGGCUGCCAAAGUAAACCAGCGGGCCCUAACCAGCGACCUGGCUGACCUUCAUGGCACCAUCAGUGAGAUCCAGGACGCCUGCCAGACCAUGUCCCCUUCCAGCGAGGACAAGUUUGCUGUGGUCAUGGCGUCCUUCCUGGAGACGGCCCAGCCAGUGCUCCGGGCGCUGGACGGGCUGCAGCACGAGGCCAUGGAGGAGCUGGCCAAGGCGCUGGCCUUCUUCGGGGAGGACUCCAAAGCCACCACCUCCGAGGCGUUCUUUGGCAUUUUUGCCGAGUUCAUGAGCAAGUUCGAGCGAGCACUCAGCGACCUGCAAGCCGGAGACGGCCCGCGCAGCUCCGGGAUGGUGUCUCCCCUGGCCUGGUGACGGCAGCCACGUUGUCCGCAGACUGAGUAUGGAGGUGGACACACGGCAAGGCUGCGCCCAAGAGGGCAGCAUGGACGUGGAGAGGGAGGGGCCUCGGCACAGGGCCCAGCUGCUGCCUGUGUCUCCAGCUACCUCAGCCGCCAGGCUUGGCCGGCCUGGGCCCACCCUGGUCUGGCACAGCCUCUCUGAGUGGGAGCAGAGACCCUGGCAGCCCAGCCUGGCUUGUUCCUCACUCCCACCUCUCCUGGCUCUCUGUGGCCCCCAGAUGGUGCAGUGGACUGCCUGCCUGGGCCGUGGAACGCAGCACACCAAGCCAGCCUGAGGGCGCCCGGAGGUGGAGCAGAGCAAGCAGGCGGGCAGUGGUGAUGUGCACAGGAGGAGAGGCCCGGGUAGGGCCUGCAGACUUGAGGUUUUAGUUCAGCAGACAAACUGAGAACCCGUUUAGAGGCGACGGCAUCCCAGUCGGGGAAGCCAUGGUCAAGGUCGGAGCGGAGGGAGCGGGGAGAUGCCAAGGUGGGAUUUGGCGGCUGACUGCGGGUUUCCCACCUGGGUGGCUGGUGGAACAGUUCUGGGGACACACGGCACAAUCUGGGACGUGUGUGGGCUCCCUAAGGCUGUGGCAUGUGUGUGUGGGAGGGUGGUCGGUGAGGGGGUUAAGCCA